AUGUCUAUUUCGGAUAAUUCUCAAGUGAUAAUUCCAAUUGAGGAAGUUCAGGAAAAUUCAUAUGAAAAUAAGCAAUUUUCGAAAAUUGUCUGCUCACCUCACUUGAAAUAUGUUGCUGCAUUAUAUAAAGAUAACUAUAUUAGUAUCUGGUCUGUUGUUGGUCAAGAGAAAUAUUUAAAACAUGAAAAGACGCUUCGAAUCGACAACAUCUGCACAAAAGGGGAAGAUGAAAGAAUUUUUGCAAUUUCAGAUGACAAAUAUGUUUCAAUUGGCCUUAAUAAGGUCGAUCCUAAAGUUAAUAAAGUCGAUCCCAAUGAUCCUUAUAAUUUCAAAAUUUUCGAUUUUGAAACUAAAAAGAAGUUAUCAUUAACUUUUCCAGAUUGGCAAAAGGAAAUUGACUUCUUAUCUUUUAUUGAUAACGGAGAUAUUAUAAUGGUCAAUACUAAACAUUACAGAGCAUAUGUUUUUUCAAAUAAAGAUGAUAUUGCCUGGGUUUGUAAAUCAAUGAUUGAACUGAAAUAUUUUAACAAACUUUAUAUUACUCCCAAAGGCAAAUUGAUCUUAUUCAAUGAUCCGAUUUAUGAAAUCACCAUGUGGAAUAUUGAAAAAUUGUCGAUUGAAACUUGUGUUUUAAUAGAUUGGGAUUGUACACUUAAAUCUAUUGAAAUUAGUGAAGAAGAAGAAUUAUUAUUAGUAUGUGCAAAAAAUGAGGAAAAUGAGGAAACGCGUUUAUACGUUUUUGACAUCGUAAGCGGGAGAAAUAUAUCAUCCUUCAUUACAAAAUCGGAGAUAAAUAAAUUUCACUUGAUCGCUUCUAAAAAAGGAGAAAGAUUAUUGUAUAUUUCGGGCAAUCAAUACUUUUUAAUGGAUCCUUAUUACCUCGAUCAAUACAUCGAUCCAUACCUUUAUUACUUCGAUCAAUACACCGAUCCAUACCUUUUAAUGCAAAAUUUGAUAGAUACGACCGACGACUCAUAUCUUUUAAUGCUCAAAAACAAUAAUCCAAUAGAUGAGAGUGAUUAUUAUAAUCUCCAAAGCAAAAAAAGCAAAAAUCCAAUAGAUGCAAGCAAGCUUUUUAAAAGGAUUCAAAUUCAAAAUCAAGAGCCAUACAUAAUUCGAUCGGAUAAAAUAAUUUAUACGAUCGAUGGAAGGGUGUUAAUUGAAGAAUUAGUGCCUAAUAAUUGGGUCAAAUACUUACGAAAAGAUCUGAAGGACACAAAUAGCAUUACAACUACGUAUACAAUUGAUAUUAUAACUGAAAUGAUAAAUAAAAUAUUAAAUAAUAACAUAUUAAACGGUGAUUACAAUGCUGACAAAAAAGAAUUUACAGGUGAAUUUUUAAAAUGGGGAUUGGAAUUAGGCGAUAAUUUAGUCAGACUCACGGUAGUUGAUUUUAAUUAUGACAGCGAGAAAUGGAACGAUGAUAAAAAAAAGCAUCUGGAUAUUCUUCCAUCAUUUCUUGAUGAAUAA